CACAGUUUGUACAACCUAACAAAUAGAAAGUCAACUAGUCGUUUGUCGAAACAGCACAAGCAAAUUCAUUUAAUGAUUUUUUUUACUAUUUCCGUUGUCAUAAUGCAAAUUAGUUAGUUUAAAAGGGAUUUCCUAAGUAAUUUUGCUAUUGUUUAAUUGAUUCCAACAGAAAUAAAUCAAAAUGUCAGCACAAAUAAAUAAAGCUCCGAAACGCAGAGCCAGUGGCAAUAAUAUGGCAGUGCUGUUGCAUUUGGAUCUCGAGGAGAGUUCCAGCGACAGUGACUUUCGGAUCGAAGACCAUGAUGAGAGUGAUGACUUUUCCGACGGAUCAAAUGAGGAUAAUCAAAGUGGAGACGAUGAAGAUGACGAUGAUGAUGAUGACAGCGAAGACGAUUCGGAUAAUGAAUUCUCAUCGUUCAAAACGAGCUUAGACGUGAAUAAAACUGACGGAAAUGAAAAUAAACCAUUAUCGGCUGCACAACUGCUACAACAGGCCAAGGCUAAAGAAGCUUUGGAUAAAGAGAAUGCUAAAUUACUUGCCACGCCGAUUUGCUGUUGCUGUCUGGGUGAUAGGAGUGACGAUUCGAAUGAAAUCGUUGAAUGUGACAACUGCGGAAUGUCAGUACAUGAAGGAUGUUAUGGGAUCAGUGAUUCGGGUAGUGUUUCCAGUACAGUGUCGUCUUGUUCCACGGAACCGUGGUUUUGUGAAGCGUGCAAAGCGAAUAUUUCCGAUCCGGUGUGCGAACUGUGUCCGAACAAAGGAGGUAUUUUUAAAGAGACUGAUGUGGGAAAGUGGGUGCAUUUGGUGUGUGCGUUGUAUGUGCCCGGUGUGGCAUUCGGUGAAGUGGAUCUACUGUCAUCGGUUACGUUGUUUGAAAUGCCGUACAGCAAAUGGGGAGCUAAAAGCUGUUCGUUGUGCGAUGACGUGCGAUUUGCCCGGACUGGAGUUUGUAUUGGUUGCGACGCAGGAAUGUGUAAAACAUUUUUUCAUGUCACUUGUGCCCAGGCGGCUGGGUUACUGUCCGAAGCCAAUUCGGAGGAAACUGAUCACGCCGAUCCAUUUUAUGCACAUUGCAAAAUCCAUUCGGACAAAACGUUAAUUAAACAUAGGAAACGUAACUACAAUGGCCUGAAAUUGAAAUUAGCUCAUAGGAUAGUGGAACAGGAACAGAAAAAACUGGAAAAACCGACAGCGGGCCAACAGCGCAUCGAAAGGAAGUUAAAGAAACAUCGCAACAAGUACGUGACGAAUAAAACCAUAAAGAAUGAACCGUGGGUUCCAACACAGAAAAUGCCACGAUUAUUGACCACUUCCGCAUCAGCAUGUCGCCGUUUGAUUUUGAAAGCCGACUUGAUGGGAAUCGAUACAGAUGCACUGGAGUUCCAGGAAGCUCAAAUGGCAGCUCUAGCCGACGUGCGUAAAAAGUGGCAUAUACCUCCCGCCUUUAGUGUUGAAUUUAUUGGCUACUAUUUGGACCGAAUAUCACGCCUAAAUGAAAUCAAAACAAGUCUACAGGAGCAGCUAGAGUCAAAUAGACAUCUGGUCGAAGAGCAACAGAAACUAAGGGACGAAUAUGAUCAGAAAAUGAAAGUCAAUUCCGAACACUCAACCACGAAUUCAUCUCUAAAGCUAUCGAUCGAAAAACUUCAUGCGUCCAUACAUGCGUUGUGCCAGAAUAAAAAUCUGCCCACAAUUGAAAAUAUUGGCAGACCUGCCGUCAUUGUGCCACCAGUUGCUGCAGCUACUCCGCCAGCUCGACCGAUGUCCGUUCCAACGGCAGCUGCGCUUAAAAUGGGUGUUGGAUUUCCGUUAACGAAUUUGCCGGGAAGCAGCGAUGACACAAAUCGCAUACUAAGCACUCAAUGCCAAAACAAUAGCAAAUUGAUGCACGAAUGUGGCAUCUGUAAACGUUGUACCGAUCAGCAUUUGCUAGCGAAAUGUGAUACUUGUCAUUUGCAUUAUCAUUUAGGUUGUUUGAAUCCUCCGUUGACACGACAUCCGAAAAAGUCGAAACUGUACGGAUGGCAAUGUUCGGAAUGUGCCAAAUCAGAUGACUCUGAUAAUCCAGUACCAAUUUUACCGGUGGGACCUCGGAAAUCACGUACAAAAUAUAGUAAAGACGGUCAAAUUGUUCCAGUCGAUCCACCUCAAAGUGAUAUCAGUAUAGAAGAACCGAAGUCAAUUGAAAGUGUUGUAAAAACUAUAAAAUCACCGCCACGUAAAGUCGCCGAAAAGAAGGCGGAAAUCGUCGAUAUGAUUGAAGAAGUAUUAGUGCAUUCAAUUGAACCGAAAUGUGCAACUAAAGGCGUGAAAAGGAAAAAAAUGAAAAAUUUCAAUGCAGAACCGCAACCAGAACCAAUCGGAUUAGAUGAAAGUCCCGCUAUAUCGAUUCCAAAGGCCAAGCCAUCGGCCGACCCUCUAGACAUAACCAAUGCUCAAUUGAUCGUUAUUUCGUCCACACCCAAUAAGCGAGCGAAAAUCGUCGAUAAAGUGGAAGAAUCUCCAAAGCCCACGGCACCUUCGUAUUAUGUCGAUCACAACGGUAUGUUAGCCAGCAUUGACUCAUUGCCGAAGGCCGGUCUAUUCACGUCGGAGCUGAUCGAGCAACGCCAUGAUGAAAACAGUGACAAAGCGAUACACAAACAGAACCGGAAGAAACGCAACAAAGAGAAGCAUCGCAAUAAGCACGGCCCGGACAGUGACCGAUCUUCAUCCAAAGAGCACAAAAAGAAGCGGAAAAAGAAGAGCCACGACGACAUGGAAAAUCCCAACCACACCAGACCUGACAAUUCUGAGGGCAUACCAAAGAUCAAAAUAAAGUUUAAAGCACUACCUGCACCCGGCGAAACUGCGGCGGAAGCGCAUUUCUUCUAUGUUUCUGCCAAUAUGAUUCAAUCGUCCAAUAAUAGAUCUCGGCCAGAGCCAACCGUAUCUAAGUCGUCAACUUCACAUAGCCAACAAAAACGUGCUGCAUCGCCGAUGAAGCCAUUGCCAAAACCGAAAACACCACCCCCAUUACAAAAACCGAAACCGGCAGCAACAUUACCUCAACCAGUGGUUCGCACAAGACGAUUAUCGGUUUUUCAUCCAAAGUUCCAAAAAGCCUAUGCAAAUCGCAGUAACAACAUAUCACCCAGAGCAGUGACGCCAUCGACUCCGAAUCAAUCAAUUAAAUGUGAUGUUUGCCACAAUUUGGGCACAUUGAACGACGUUGUGAGAUGUGACGAGUGCAAAAAGAACUUUCAUUUCCACUGUCUGGAUCCGCCUGUUAAAAAGACGCCGAAAAGGAGAGGUUAUUCGUGGCAUUGUGCUAAUUGUGAUCCAACGGAUGUUGAGUCUAAUUGACUAUAAUUACGUUUGUAAUCAAUGGAACCAGACGUUGUACGUACGGGAUUAUUGAUCUUUAAAUUAUUUUCGUAAAACUAGUGAAUUUGACUAUAACAUUUAUUUAUUUUUACAAUAAAGUUCAAACACACGUAAAA